AUGCUUUUGAUUGUUAGGAUUUGGCUACAGCCGUCAGCUUUUGCUCGAUCACCAUCACUUGUUUGGAAAUUUUAUCAUUAUCGACGAGAACUUAUGCGAACUAAAGAACCUAAUAAAGCUCAUUUAGCAUUGACCGAAGCUGAAAAACGUUUUGAGGAAGAAGGAAAACAUUUUUUUAUGUUAACUCAAAAUAUUGUUGGUCUUCAUCGACGAGCUGGUUCUCGUAAUCUUUUCACGACUCGAUGUACAUCCUGUGGUUUUAUUGAAGAAAACAACGAUAGUCCAAUUUGUGAAGCUCUACGAAAUCGAGGAUUACCAAAUCAGAAUGGUCCUGAGAUUGCAGUGAAAGAUCUUCCUAGUUGUCGUCAAUGUCAAUCUCUUGUUCGUCCUCAUGUCGUUUGGUUUGAAGAAUCACUUUGGCCUGACGUUUUGAAAAAAAUCGAUGAAGAAAUCGCUCAAUGUGAUCUAUUCUUAGUUGUGGGAACAUCAGCAAUUGUCUAUCCGGCUGCAGCCUAUGCUAUGAUUGUUGCAAGGCGUGGUAUCCCUGUAGCUGAAGUCAAUAUUGAAAAGACUCCUUCUACUUCUAUCUCAACUUUUCAUUUCGAAGGU